AUGGCCUCGAAAGACGACAACGACGAGAAGGACGACAGCUUUGCAGUCAGACUGGAGAAGCUGCGGCAGAUCGCGCUGGAGAAGCUCCGUGCUAAAGCCGCUCCUGUAGCGAAGGUUAGCUGGUCUCCGUCCAAGUCCUCUUCGGAGUCCGCUGACUCGGACGGCGGCUCAGACGUGGAAGGUGCUGGCCACACCAUCUGGGACGCGGAUCGCGCUCCAAACGCGCCAGACCCGAGCGCUGCGCACCGCGCUGUUCCGUCAUCAUCUGCUGUGCCAGGACAUGUAUGGGCUCAACCAGCCCCUGUGCAUAUGCCAGCGCACGUGCCAGCGCACGUGCCGGUGCAUUUGGUCUAUCCGCCUCCGGCCCACCAUCCGCACUUCUCACACGUCCAACAUGGACUGGCUCCAUAUCCGCCCCGAUGUAGCUGGAGGCCGAAGCCUCCACGAAGCAGCGCAGAUCAGGAAGCACCUCCACCCGCGCCGCCUGCAGAGACGGAGGAGGAGGCGGACUCGUUGCGCCGAAGGACUUGGAAGCGGUUGCCCGACCGCCCACUGGAAGAGGAGCCGGCAGAGCAGAGCUCUCGCCAACGGUUUCGAAAGACGGAAGCUGAAACCCUCCAGUCCGCGAAGGCAGAAGUGUCCGAGCUGAAACCCAGGACCGUGAAGAUCUCGAAGAUCCCCGGCAACGUCUCACUGAAGCAUUUGCAGGAGCUCUUUGCGGGCGUGGGGGAGGUGAAGAGUGGCUUCAUGGGCCAGCGCGGCGAAUCCGCGCUGUUGACCUUCCACAGCGCACAGCAUGCGGCGCAGGCCGCCGAGCUCUUCAGCCAGGGGACGCUGGAUGGCCAGACCAUCGAGGCCUCGGAGUUCCUUUGGCUCCUCCAGUCCGAGCUCCAGGGUCACUUCACCCAGCUCACGCUGCAGCUGCGCACCCUCGUCGCGCAGGAAGUCGAGUCCUCCAGGUCGUCGGACGCGCUGCCGGGCAUGCCGGACCUGGAGGAGAGCCCAUCCUCCCAGCUGUGCUGGGAGGAGACGCCGGAGGAGAAGCCCGACCCCCCUGAGCGCACUGAGCGGCGUUCCGUGGAAGGCCGGCGGGUGAUGUUCCAAUCGAAGACCGUGGAUCUUCGACACAGCCUGCUGCACCAGAUCGCUGAGUUGGAGACACAGUCCAGAGCCCCGCUGAAUCGGAAGUUGAGGACGAAGUCGGUGACGAGGAUUCUCACCACGGCCUUAGCUCCGCCGUUGCACCGGCAAAGCACUUGGGCCAGCGAAGAGAUGCCGCAGACGCGGCUCGCCGAGGUGAACACAGUGAUGAUCGGCGUGAACUGCGAUUGGAACCUCACACACCUCAACUUAGCUGAGCCUGAAUACUUUCAGAUCGUCGAGCGCUUCUUUGCGGGCGUUUUUGCCUUGGAGCUUCUCCUUCGUAUUUUCGCCUAUGGUCGGAGGUUCUUUUUCGGACGCUCAGAACCCUACCUGCAAGAUUGGCAAUGGAAUUGGUUUGAUUUGAUCAUCGUCAGUUUCCAGAUUGUGGAGGAGGUCUCGACGAUCGUGACGAAGUCAAAUGAUGGUGAGAUUCAUUUGAGCUCAUCCACCACUGCCAUCCGCAUCAUCCGAAUGUUCCGGCUCCUACGUAUCCUGCGCAUCGUUCGCCUCCUUCGCUUCAUCCAGGACCUGCGCUCCAUGCUCUUGUCGAUUUUGUCCACGUUGAGAGCUCUGGGAUGGACCAUGGUGCUGCUGGUGAUGAUUAUCUAUGCUGCUGCAGUCUUCUUUGCCCAGUUCAUCAUUGACGCAGGGGCGGCCAACGUAGACAUCAUGGUGGAUAAGAAGAGGCCGCUGGUGGAUGGCUCGCAGUGCCCUAUGCACCUUGGCGUGGUUCGGGGCGCAUUGUACGUGGCGUUCGUGGUGUUGGCGCUCACCAACAUUGCCACGGGCAUGUUUGUCCAAGCCUCCCUGGGAGCACACGAGAAGCAGCGGGAGGUGAGGAUUCGCAAGCAGCUGCGGCACUUGUUUCGCACAGCGGAUCUCAAUCACGACGGCACUUUGACCUGGGACGAGUUUGAGCGAUUCUUGGACAAUGAGGAGCAGUCCCGCUAUUUCUUGAAUGUUCUUUGCAUGGACGCGCGCGAAGCCAAAGGCUUGUUCUUGUUGCUGGACACCCGCGAAGUGGGCCAAGUCAGCUUUGAAGAACUCUUGGAUGGCGUCCUGCGACUCAAGGGCACCGCACAGGCCAUCGACCUCGCGACGCUGAUGUAUUGCAACAAGCGUAUGAUCACCUGGCUGCGUGAGCGCCUCAACGGGCUCCAAGACUCCUUGGACGCCCUUGCGAGCGAUGACGAGCGGGACCACGCGCCGGCUGGUCGGAGCCUACACCCACGUCCUCGAGUGCGGAAGGUGAGCGUCUAUGCCAGUUGGAAUGAGGUGAAGACCCGAGAUGGCCUUCAGCGACAGACCGUGGUCUUGGUCGGAGUAACCGGUGAUGGCAAGAGCUCCACGGGCAAUACCUUGUGCGGGUCCUCUGCUUUUCCAGUGUCUGCAGGCUUCAAGUCUGAGACACAGGAGUUGGCUCAUGCGGAUUACCUCCGCGGCGCCACGUUUUGGCGCGUCAUCGACACCAUCGGCCUCCACGACACGCACCUCUCGCAGAAGGAGGUCCUCGAGCGCUUUUCCACCUUUUCCGAAGCAGCCGCCGAAGGCAUCGACGUCUUCCUCUUCGUGCUCCGUUGGGGUCGCUUCAAGCCGGAGCACGACGAAGCCCUGGCGGCCUUCGCGGUGAACUGCGGCGAGACGGCCUUGCGCCACACCAUGCUGGUUUUCACCCACUGUGACUUGGAUGACGAGGCACUUUCCAGACAACUGCUGGAUCCUUCGGCACCACCGGCGCUGACGCACUGGCUGCAAAGAAUAGGCGGAGGAGCUGUUGGGAUCGACAACCUGGAUGGAUCGACCGCACGCCCACGAGUCCAACGUGCGCUUGAAGGAAUGGUGGCAGGGCUCGCUGGCUUGCGCUAUAGCAAUGAAGCGCUCGAAGAGGCGCGCGCCAAGCUGAAGGCCGCCGAGGAGGCGGAGAGCCGCGCCUUUGCCGCGGCGGUGGCCGAGUGGCGGCGCUCCAGUGGGCCGGUGGUGAUCGAGCGCGAAGCUGGUGUCAUCACGCGGCCUCCAGUGAAAGGCGAAGCGGACCCCACAGCGGUUUCCGGCGCAGAUGCCACCGGCCAAUGA